GGGCCUCUUAAAUGGGCCGACCCAUACCGCCGAAUCGGCCCAUCAAACGAAGCCCAUGAAACCCAUCUCCUCGGCUGGGAGGAGAAUCAGAAUCCGCUUUGCGAGCAGCGAGGAGGGUGGAAUCGAGUUCGAGCGGCGGCGAAUCGGGAGCGGCGAGAUUGGGGGAGGCGGCCGGAGAUGGAGGAGGAGGUGACGGGGAGUCGAGGGGGGUUGGGGGGAGGGAAGAAGAUGGCGGCGGGGGAGGUGGAGCUGAAGGAGAAGGCGGGGACGGCGUGGAGCCACUCGUACCUGAACCAGAAGCCAUGGCACCCGCUCUCCUACCCGAACCAGCGGCGGAAGUGGAUCGCCGAGCAGAUCCACGCCAACCGCGCGCGCCGCCAGGAGGAGGUGCAGCGUGAGUUCGCGCAGGAGCAGGAGUUCUUCCGCCAGACCGCCCUCUUCUCCAAGAAGGACAAGGAGAAGAUGGAGAUAAUGAAAGCUGUGAGUUUCAUGUAUGUCCGCCCACCUGGCUACAACGCAGAGAGUGCAAAAGCAGCUGAAAUUGAAGAUGAGAAGAGGAGGUCUGGUGAAGGUGAUGCAACCCAAAGUGCUGCUGCUGCAAGCACCUCUUCAAUGCCUGAUAAGGAACUUGACAAGACCCACGCAGGUCCAGAUAAGAAAAACAGGCCAAAAGAUGUUUUUGGCCGGCCAUUGCCAACAGAACAAGAAUUUGAAGUGCUGAAAAAUGCUCCAAGGUUGGAGACAGGUGCUCCUGCGAGGGUUAAACCAUUUGGAGUUGAAGUUCGUAACGUUAGAUGUUUAAGGUGUGGAAACUAUGGUCAUCAGAGUGGUGACCGAGAAUGCCCACUGAAGGAUGUGAUCAUGCCUAACGAGGAGAGCCGACUGAAAAGGGAUGAUCCUCUUACAGCUAUAAUGGCACAGACUGAUUCAAGUGAGCCUUUGAAGUGGGAACUUAGGCAAAAGCCAGGCAUGAGCCCUCCACGUGGUGGAUACAACCCAGAUGAUCCUAAUCAGCAGAUUGUAGCCGAGGACAUCUUUGAUGAAUAUGGAGGAUUUCUUGGUGGAUGUGAUAUUCCAGCUCUUCUUUCCAACUUUUCUGCUAGCAAAUCAAAGAAACGCUCCAAGAGUAAAAGCAAGCAUAGGCAGGCUGAGCCUGCUGCUCAUGAGGAAUCUUCACACUCUGAAGCUGAGAAGAGCAACAGGACAUCAAGGAGCAAGAGAAAGAAAGAAUAUUGUUCUGAUUCGUCAUUUUCUGGUGCUGAGGUGGAAGCUAGAAAAAGCAAGCAAAAAUCAAAGCACAAGAAGAAACACCUGCCAGAGUCUUUGUCUGAUUCAAAAGUUGAAGUUGGUAGAGAUACAAGAAGACAUCAAAAGAGAGAGCAUAGGAAGAAGAAAAGAAAUAUCACUGAGUCAGAGUCUUCAUCUGAUUCAGAAGUUGAUAUAGAUACAAGGAAACAUCCGAAGAGGGAGCACAGGAAGAAGAAAAGAGAUGUCACUGAGUCAUAUUCUUCAUCUGAUUCAGAAGUUGAAGUUGAUAGAGAUACAAGGAGGCAUCCGAAGAGAGAGCAUAGGAAGGAGAAAAGAAAUAUGACUGAAAAUGGGCAUUCAAGCCGAUCGAGGGAGAAGCACCACUACAGUGACACUAGUACUUCGGACAAUGAGAAGCACUCAAUGGGACAUAAGGAUGAGCAAUACUACAGCGAUUCAAGUUCUUCUAGGAGCAAUCGGCAUUCAAGAAGGUCAAGGGAAAAGAGGUACUACAGUGACUCAAGUUCUCCUGAGCACAAUAGGCAUUCAGGGAGAUCAAAGGAGAAGAGGGCCUAUACUGACUUGAGCACGCAUGACAGGGAUAGGCAUUCAAAGAGAUCGAGGGAUAAGCGGGAGUACACUGAAUCAAGGCCUUAUGAGAGCAAUAAGCAUUCAAGGACAUUGAAGGUGAACUGGCACUACUCUGAUUCAAGUGCUUCUGAUUAUUCAAACUCCGAACGGCACUAUAGUCAUCGCCAUCGUAGAAGAAAAUGAGCAGUGUUGUAUAAUCUGCAUGAUGUCUCCACAGAAGAUCGCUCUGCCGUUUAUAUGAUGUCAUUAGCUACAUAUGCUUGGUCAUUUUCUUAAGGCCACCAGGGUCCACGGGUUGCUGGUGUUUGGUGACUGCAGCUGCUAAUCGACUUGUGAUGCGAUAGUAAUGUAUGUGACUGAAUUUUGUCUUCUGUAGAAGAAUUGUUGUGCCUUUUGUUGUAGGCUUGUACCCGAGGGACUUUUAUUAAUUUAAAAAAUAUCUUGUUUGGCAUCAUGGUAUCUUUUGAAUUCACUGAAUAAAGGCCCUCAUUUGUAAUGGAGGUCCUUACGAAUUUGUUGCUCUUUUAUGCCUGGAUAAAUAUAAUGCUCAACUGAGCAUGAUUUGUAA